GCUAUGAGGUGUACUAGCUAUGAGAAAGCCGAACAACAGAAUAGGGAAGAAAUUCGUACGAAAAUUCACAGAUCACGAGUGUCGAACAGCCUAAAAUGCAACAAACUGGGCCCAAAUCGGGAUUUAUCUGAGUGCAGUUCCAGGCAAUGAUGUGGUGGCACAUUCUAUACGUGAUACCGGUUUUGCGUGUGUCGUACGCUGUAGAAUUAGUAUCAGGGAUGUGCCCGGAUUUGUGUCAAUGCGACAAUUUGAUAACCGAUUGCCGCUACGGCAGCCUCACCGAGUUGCCAGCAGGGAUAAACCCAAACGUAAUCAGUUUGGAUUUAUCCUACAACAGCUUCCAAAGUUUUCCUGAAGGUUUGCGGGAUUUCCAAAGCCUGAAAUACCUGAAUAUAUCCAACAACAAGAUAUCGACGCUCGGCCACUCGGAUUUUGCGGGACUGGAGAACCUGGAACGGCUGGACUUGAGUUACAACCAGUUCCACGACUGGAAAGACAUCCAUUCCGCUACGUUUGGUUACCUUAAAAUACUGACAUACCUGGACAUCUCCAACAACGCUCUCAGAAGCAUUCCGCAGUAUUCCAGUCACUUGGUAAUACCGUCCAUGGAAAUUCUCAAAUUAAACAACUGCUCGAUGAGGUCGGUCCCGGUGCAGACAUUCAAAAGUUUGCCGAAUUUAAAAGAAUUGCACAUGACAGACAACCCGAUACGUAUUAUAAACGAUUCUUUCGAACUGAGCAACGUAAAGUAUAUAGACUUGAGUGGAUGUGACUUACAGUACAUCGGCGAUCAUGUGUUCCAAGCCCUACCCCUGUUGGAAACCCUCAUUUUAAAGAACAACGACUACCUUAAAAAAAUUUCAUGUAACUCGGAAAGUUUAUUGUAUUUAGACCUGUCUGGUUGUACGCUGGAAAUCGUCCCUACAGGAAACUUGAGAGCACUUACGUUCCUCAACUUACAAGGGAACUUUUUAAGGGAAAUUCCAGAUAGAAGCUUCACCAACUUUCCGAACUUAUUAAAACUGAAUUUGUCGUACAAUGCUAUAUCCGUUAUCCAAGAUAAUGCAUUCCGUGGCCUUGAUAACGUUAAUAUCAUUGACUUAUCCCUGAACAAGCUCACAGUCCUAAGCGAAAAAACUUUUUUAUCCACUAUCGCCCUCAUAACGCUGAACCUUUCCCACAACUACAUUAACUCCAUCGACAGUAUUACUAGCACAUCCCUAAAAACCUUAGACGUUAGUUACUGUGAAAUCUACGCUAUAAACAGAUUUAGUCUAGGGAAUUUGCCUAAGCUGAUAGAACUAUCUCUAGCAAGAAACUUCUUGUCCUCGUUGCCAGACGGCUGGACAGCUGAUCGUUUGGUGUACUUGGACGUAAGCGGUUGUAGAAUAAAGACCAUCAACAACCACACGUUCGAACAAAUGUUUUACUUAAGACACAUAAAUCUAUCUGGCAACCGACUGACCACCAUCGAUCCAAGCUUUUUCCCGCAAGCCCUCUACGUAAAAGUCGACGACAACCAGUGGAGAUGCGACUGUCCAAAAUUAAAAAGCAUGUUCGAGUGGUUGAUCGAAUACAACGAGAGAGUUGACAGGUUGAUAUGCGACUCUCCAGAACGCUACGAGGGUAAGGCCUGGCACGAGGCUUGCCAGGAUGAAUGGUAUCCCACACCUCAGUCAAAGGACCACCUCUGGUGGUACUCUGUAGGCGUCAUUGUGACAAUGGUACUCCUACUAGUAGCGGUGGUAGCCAUGAGAAAGAUGCAUCAGAUCAAAGAGAGCCGCCUGAGGGAGAUCGAAGAAACGCGCAGGGCUCAAGAGAGGGAAGCCCUGGAGAGAAUGCAUAGACUUCAAAGGGAGAGAAGGGAAGAGGAAAAUAGAAACGCGCCCGAUCCGAGGGAAGUCCAGAGACCGCCUUCUUACAACGAGGCGUUGUUACUCCCUAGGCUGGAUUCGUCGUAUCAGAACCUGUCUGGAAGCAUGCACAGUUUGAAUUCCAGGCAGAGCGGCAGCAACCCUGACGUUUCAAAGAAAGGUAGACCGAAGAGGAAGAGGAGGAGGAGGAAGUCGGAUUCUUCAGAGGGCAGGCGUGCUUCCCGCGUUGUCGUUGACUCGGAUACGUCGGAUCUUGAUACCCAAUUGAGGACGCAAGCCCCUCUUGAGAGUGAUUUUUAAAAUGCUCAUACGGAUGUUUUUAUUCUAGCACUGAGUUUAACUGAACUUAUUAUUUAUUUCCCAGUGUUUAACGGUUCCAGUAGUUUUUUCUACUUUAUCCUUAUAAUAUUGUUGUACUAUUCGUUCUGUCCAACUUCAAAAUAAACUAACAACAGACACUGACCCGAGAAGCAAUAGGAUUUACUAGUUUCUUUAAUGAAAAACACGUAGUACAACAAAUAUCGUUCUAAAUUUUACGAUUAUCCUCCUUUUCGUAGUUUAUAUUUGGACUGUUAUACGACUGUUAUGCUAUUGAACAUGUCUGAAAUGUCACUUAGAGUGUUUUAUUUAUACGAGCUAUAAAUAAGGCAAUACUAAAACUCGACGAAAUAUUUCACAGCGCCAAUUGGAAAAUUAUGCACAGCAAUUUUACAAAUAGGUUAGGCACAUUAUGCAGAUUGCGUUUGUAAAUAAUAAUUAGUAAAUUUGGAAAUGACAAUUGUACACAUUAAAAUACCGUUUUAUUUAUUAUACGUACCAUUAACAAUGUAUUUUUUAAUCAAGUACACAUAUAAAUCUACUUGUUAUGUUUAGUUAUGUUGAAGCAUUAAGUGAAUAAAUGGUUAUUUGUUUUCCAA